GGGGCCGCCCGGGGCCGGGGCAGGAGCGGCGGAGGGGCGAUGGGGAAUCUGUUCGGGCGGAAGCGGCGCAGCCGCGUCACGGAGCAGGACAAGGCCGUGCUGCAAUUGAAGCAGCAGAGGGAUAAACUGCGGCAGUACCAGAAGCGGAUCAGUCUGGGCCUGGAGCGGGAGCGGGAGCUCGCCCGGCAGCUGCUGAAGGAGGGCAAGAAGGAAAAAGCUAUGCUCUUGUUGAAGAAGAAGCGUUACCAGGAGCAGCUGCUGGAUAAGACAGACAACCAGAUCAGCAACCUGGAGCGGAUGGUCCAGGAUAUCGAGUUCACUCAGAUCGAAAUGAAGGUCAUUGAGGGCCUGAAAAUAGGCAACGAAUGUCUGAACAAAAUGCACCAGGUUAUGUCAAUAGAAGAAGUGGAAAGAAUAAUAGGUGAAACCCAGGAUGCUGUGGAGUACCAGAGGCAAAUAGAUGAGAUACUGGCUGGGAGCCUGACUGAGGAAGAUGAAGAUGCCAUUCUAGAGGAAUUAAACGCUAUCACUCAGGAACAGUUGGAGCUUCCAGACGUUCCUUCUGAGCCACUCCCAGAGGAGCCCCCAGAAGCAACACCCGUCAAGAACAGGCCAAAACCAGAGCUGGUGGCAGCAUCUUAACUCCCGUUUCUGGGGAUCCCCCCAUAACUUUCACCCAGGACAGUUUGCCAUCCCAGCAUGUGCUGGGAACAAGCAAUGCCUCGGCAGCAUCCCAGCUGUGCUGGGCAGAUUGUGGAGCAGGAUUCCCUGCGCGGGGUGGGGAACCUCAGCCGAUCGAUUAUUGCUCUUGUAUCAAGAUUAUUUUCUAGUGCUUUCUUUUUUUGUAACUUCAAUUCUCAACUCACUCAGCUGCGCUGUCUUGGGAUUAAAUAACAACUCUAAAACUUCCAAAGCCAAACACUUCUCUCUAGGUUUGAUUUCAGCUGUAAAUCUGCCUUUGCUCUGUCCAAUCCCCAGCCAGCUCUCCCCUUGGGCUGCUUCUGUCUGAUGCGGCCAUCCCAGGGCUGCUGUGGGCCCUUCUCUGUCUGUGCUGCUCUCAGCCCCUCUGUUUUUCCUCCCCCAGUCCUGUGCAGGAAGGGCUGGCAGUGCUGGCACAGCAGGAUGCGGGCAGCUGCUCUGUGCUGUGUGCAGGCUGGGUACGGUUCUGCCAUGUGCGUAAAGCCAUGCAGGCAGGGUGUUUGUUUGGGCAGGACACAGUGCUUGCUUGCCUUUGCCUGCAGCAGCACUCAUUGAGAGGGGAAAACCUCCAGUGUGAGGUGAGGAGCUGGGCUGUCCCUGGGCAUGAGUCAGAGGCGGUCAUUAAGGAUUCCCACUCAGCUGCUCCGCCUCUCCAGAUCCGCAGCACUGAGUGCAGAGCUGGGCCUGCAGAAAUCUGCUGAGCCUCUGAAAGCUGCAGCAAGGAGCCUGCCUGCGUUGGGAGCCACGGGUCAGCCCGUGCGGCUCUGCUCCAGCAGUCUGCAUUCACCUUUGCAGUGCUCAGGUGGGCUGAGAUAACUCUGCUUCCAGCUGUCCGCUCCCAUUUGUUCCUUAUUUCCUGGCAGGGCAGCGGGAAGAGAGAGGUCGGGCUGGGAUGGGUGAGUUCUGCAGUGAUGUGAAGUGUGCAGCUCCUCAAGUCAGCACACAGAGGCAUGCUGGCACGGCCACUGUGCUGCCUGGGCAGCCAGGGCGUGCAGGUGGAGCUGUGCAUGGAGGCCAGCAGAGCAGCCAGCUUGCAGAUGCUCAUAGGAAGCCAACAGAUGUGUAUUUAUCACGGUCCCGUAGCCACGACCCUUAACCCCUGCUUCUGAGACAGAGCAGAAGGACCCAGAGGGCCCUCUGAGACUUUUAGUGACUGCUUUUGGGGAUAGGUGACCUGGUGCUAAACAACACGGAGCCGUGCUGGUGAGUCAGCAGCGACUGCGUUCUGUGUUCCCUAAGUCCUGCUUUCUGUUCCACCUCCACGUGUGACGUCCCAGAGCCCACAGUGGGCAUCACGUCCUGCUGCCAGGGCAGAGUGUGGGGCGUGAGUGGCAAAGGCAGCCUGCCCUCUGCAGCCGCCCUGUUUUCGGCUCCUCGGCGCUCUCUGUUAAUUACCGUUGCAUAACGAAGCCGCCGGCUGGCAGGCUGCAGAGCCACCUCUACAAAGCGGUGUAAGUUCUGCAAACAAACGGCUUUCUGAAUGGAAAGGGCAGGUUUACAGCGGUCAUCGGGCCUCUGCCAAGCGCCCAUGGGUGCUGGGAGCAGCCACCCUGCAGCUGUGCAGGGCCGUCUCCUGGGUUACGCUCCGUGAUGGUUUUUCUUUCUGCAGGGCUGCUGCUCUCUGUUACAUCCUGGGCGGUUGCAAUGCUCACUUUUCCCACCAGAGAGAGCCUCGUCUUCGCACUGCUGUCAUUAGCGUUGUUGUUGUUCCUUCGGUCUCCUGUACUCCGUUGCUAGCCUGGUGUCUGCACGUUUAGUUUGACCCUAUUUAAUUUGUAACUCAUAGGAGUGGAUGCUGGGCUCUCCCAAUAGGGUCCUAAAGGGACCUCUCCUGGGGCACGGCUCUUCUGCCAGCGCUCUGAGCAAACCCUGUUCUGCAGGGUGUGCACAAUUUGCCCCCUCCGCAUUCUGGCAGCAGAGGAGCCCCCAGCAGACCCUCCCCGAGGCCGCAGCGAUGCUGGGCUGUGAGCUGAGCCCAUGCCCUGUGUGCUGCUCGGGUGAGGGCUGCGGUGCAGGGGGGGUUAAUGCAGCUCCCAGCUUUGGGAAAGGCCGCGCUCUGACCUCACAGGAAAGUUGCAAGCAGAUUGCCAGCAGCUUCCUCUCCUAAUCCCUGUACCAAACAGAUUGUACCGUGGCUCCUUGGGAGGAAGCGCCAGGAGUGGUUGUGUGACCUCUGUGGCGUGCUGUAACAAUAAACAGUUUCUAAUGGUUUCACCAA